UCGCCGAGAACUUUCGCGCGAGCUCGCCACACGACACCCCCAACCGGAUGCCAGCAGACGCUCGAGCCGCGGGCAAGGACGACGCGCUGCAGCCGCCGACGCCGCCGCAGCACGUGCGUGUCCCAGCGAGGCCGGUCCUCCCUCCGCCGGCCGCGCUGCCCGCGGCGGUCGGAGACAAGAAGAAGGGCGGCGAGGCGGCCGGCACGCAACCGGUUACGCGGCCGGCGGGCGCGUCUCCGAGUCUGUCGCAGGUGACCGAGCUGAGCAACGACAUGGUGUGAGCAUGAAGAACAGACGGUGGGGGGGGGCGAGGGUGGUGGAGUCUUGUCCAGAACACCUGCCUGUGUGCUGCCGGCGUUGUGGGAGGCGAGAGCGAAGGGGGCCAUUCUAACAGACCAUCUCAUCGCAGGGAGCGGCGGACGGGCAGAGGUGAGGGAAAGAGGGCCAGCAGAGAGUGGUAGCUGGUCGAGGGAAAUUAAUAUUGCGCGCCAGGAAUUCUCCGGCGACCGCGCAAUCGACUUCCAUCCGGGGGGGAGACGCGGACGGAUCGAGCGGACAGGGAGAGGCACAGGCAGCGCCUACCAUGUAGUAUCACAGCACUGUCAGGUUAAGGUGGUUCUUGAGAGUUGUGAACG